CUGGCGUUGUACAUUUUGUGUCGUCUAGCUGUAAGUCUGCGCCAUAUUGUCGUCUGCAAAUUGAAGCUGUCGUCCGCUGAGGAAACGAGUUCACCUGUCGGUGUUGAAGAAUCUUGUGGGAGAACUUUCUACUAAGAUUAAUUCCUGUGAAAGGUAUUUCAACGUCACAGACUCUUCUUUCACACUGUUGUAUCCACAUUUGCUCAGAGGUCCCCUGAUGUAAUUCUACAGCCCAGCAGUUCCGGAAGACGACGACGACGACAUGGUUAAGUUGAACAUAUGCCAGAACAUCUCCAACACCAACAUCGUAAUCCACGUGCUCGCGUGCUUCAUAGGAAUUGCAUCAUGGGUAGACAUGAGCGGCCUCUGGCUUCAGCUCCCAAUAUUCGUUACGGUUCUCCCUGAAAAAUGGACUCUCUCCAGCUACGUGGUCCUCAUUCAACAGGCGGCAAACAUAGGUCCGAUAAUAUUCGCCAUCUGCGCAUGCGUCUUUGCCAGAAAGAAGGUCGAGCAGCCGACUUCCUGUCUUAUCAUCGUCAUUGGAAUUGUCGCCUGCGUGUUGCUGUCCUUCUUCUGGGACAAGACGUCGUUCAUUGGCGGAACCGAACAUGCCACCGCUCUGUUCGGGCUUUCGUUCAUGCUGGCCUUCGUCGACACGACGUCAUCGUUGGCAUUUCUGUCGUUCAUGGCGAUGCUCAAACCAGAAUACUUGCCGUCAUACUUUGUCGGAGAAGGCCUCAGCUCCCUGCUUCCAGCUUUGGUGGCUUUUGGCCAGGGGUCUGGAAACAUGAACUGUGUUAACAUAAGCAGCCAUGUUUCUGAGUUUGAGAACGGGACGUGGAACAAUUAUACCAUGCACUACGCGGUACCAGUCUUCGACCCUCCCGUGUUUUCGGUCCAGUAUUUCUUUCUCAUUCUUGCCGGAUUCCUGAUUCUUUCUCUCAUAUCGUUCAUUCUGCUGAUGUGCUUUCCCAUGUGCAAUGUGUUCGAGACAGCGUACAGUUCUCACUCAAGAUCAUACAGCUUGGAGAAAACUGGAGCUGACAACCCAGGACUAGAAAUACAUGAAAUAGCCUACACAAAGACCGACAUAGAUAUCAAAGUGCAACAGACAAAAGUCCCAGAGGAAGCGAAUAAUACAUAUACGAGAUCAUACAGUCACGAGAGAAAUGGAAUUGACAACCGAGGUUUAGAAAUAAAAGAAAAAACAGAACCAAUUUCGAUGAGAAGCAUCGCCAUAAAAGAUACGCAACAGAUACAAAGCCACGUACCCAAGCAAAAGGCAGACGACAGUAAACCGGUUUCGACCAGACUGCUCCUAUUCCUGCUGGCUCAGACCUGCUGGAAGGGGAUUCUGUUCACCAUUACCAUCUCGAUCCAGCCGUACUUUUCGCUACCGUACGGCCUGAAAGUGUACCACCUCUCUAACACGCUGGGAACCGUGGGCCUCCCACUUGGCUGUCUUCUCUGCCUCUUCCUGCCAAUGUACUCCACAGUCGGGGUGACCCUCCUGACAGGACUCUACUCGGGUCUCUCAGCAUACUUCUUCUACAUGGCGUCUCAGAGUCCGAACCCUCCGCUCGUAGAUGAUGAAGCUGGGCCACCUGUACUAAUAACUCUAGGCGUGGUUCUGAUGCUGGUGUGGACGUACAGUCAGGUAGCUAUAGCCGGGAUUCUUCGGGCCGGGGGUCGACGCUCCAUGAUCUGGAUGGGGAUUUCAAUUCAGACCGGCAGCGUGAUUGGAGGAAUUGCUGCUUACGUCAUGGUGAAUGAGUUCCAUUUGUUCAAGGACGCGCAGCCAUGUUGAAUUCUGAAUACGAAACCAAGAUGUGCAAUUUACUUCCAGCAGCCAUUGUAACAUGUUUUCGACUAACAGCCGGACUACACCCUUAUCUCUAUCACUAACAACUAACAACUAACCCACUCUCCUAGACAGACAGCCCAGAUAGCUGAGAUGUGUGUCCAGGACAGCGUGCUUGAACCUUAAUUGGAUAUGAGCACAAAAAUAAGUUGAAAAGAAAAAAAUUAAUUCUAAAUGCGAAACCAAGAUGAGCGAUAUCUUUUCUUUUUUUGGUAUAUUUUUAGUGGGCACAAAACUAAAUUAUUUUUCUUUUACGACAAAAAUAUUCGUUAUUCGAAACAAAUAGCUGGAUUUUUAACUAUAGACCCCCAACCCAUUUAAAAAAAACCUUAACCCCAUGAUCCCCCAAAAAACCAUAACCCCUCAAAACACACACACCCCACACACACACAAAAAAAGAAACAAAAAAACCCCAAAACAACAAACAAACAAAAAACAACAACAAUAAAACAGAACAAAAAAGAAUAUAUAUUAACUAUAAUAUAGUAAAAACAACAACAACAACAAAUGCCCUGUUUGAUUGGUGUAAGCAGAACAACCUGCUGUUUUGGAAGGAAGGAAAUGUUUUAUUUAACGAUGCACUCAACACAUUUUAUUUACGGUUACAUGGCGUCAGACAUAUGGCUAAGGACCACACAGAUAUUGCGAGAGGAAACCCGCUGUCGUCA